AUAUAUACGAUCAUUAACUUACUUGAACAACAAGCUCAUUCUGCUCUUUGUAUAGUUUUUAUGUUCUAUCAUUGUUAGAACAAUUUGUAGAAAAAGAAAGGGAAGAUGCAGACCACUGAGGAGCAGAAGACUCAACAGAAGGAACCUGUUGUUGGCUCAAGGUAUUCAGCUAAUACAAUUCAGCAAGUAGUUGGGAGUCCAUGGAGUACUGGACUAUUUGACUGUCAUGAGAACCAAACAAAUGCUAUUAUGACAGCAUUUUUGCCUUGUGUAACAUUUGGACAGAUAGCAGAAGUAUUGGAUGGUGGAGAACUUAGUUGUCAUCUGGGAAGUUUCAUUUACUUGCUAAUGAUGCCUGCUUUGUGCACUCAAUGGAUUAUGGGGUCAAAGUACAGAACAAAGCUAAGGAAGAAGUAUGAUUUGGUGGAAGCUCCACAUACUGAUGUGAUUUCUCACAUCUUUUGUCCUUGUUGUUCCCUAUGUCAAGAGUUCAGAGAACUCAAAAUUAGAGGACUUGACCCUGCUCUUGGGUGGAAUGGAAUUCUUGCACUACAGCAUUCAAAACAUCAAAGUGAUCCAACAUUGAACAAUCCUCCUUCAACUCAAUUCAUGUCUAAGUGAUCACAGCUAUUUCAUCAGUUCUUUCAAAAUAAGUUGAAAAUUCUAUUUCUUUUGAUUGGUUUUUGUGUUUGUGUUUGAUGCUUGUAACUGAAUUAUAAGAAAAUAAUGCUAUAAGUUGGCAAUUUCACA